AUGGAGCCAGCAUUACCGACAAUUGAACAUGUCGAGUGUAGGCAUCCACUUUUUGAUGUUAACCUGCUCGAAGAACCUGCCGAGACAGACCAACUGUGCGGAAAGAGCAUAAAGACCUUGAAGAAUUUUCUGCUCGCCAAGGGCAGGGACAUAUAUGACAAGCUGCUGGACUUUCAUGGUUGGGGGUAUGCGUAUGAGACUGUUUCCCGUCCUCCUCUUCAGCCAAGGCAGGUAAAAAUGGCAAUCCUGCUGAGAAUCAUCUGGAACCAGGCUGAAUACCACCAGCCCCAAUCAGUGGAGGAACUCUUUAGCUGGGAAAGGGACGCCGGCCCUCGAUUGUUGAGACCGGGGUGUAUCCGGGAUUGGAGCAAUUACCUACCCAUAAGUAGGGAUUACCCUGAUCCCCCGAAAGAUUUGCACGCAUCAGUCUCACUAGCUCAUGGGUCUGUCGGGUCUUCUAGUGAUAUACCGGAGGGGUAUUUGGAGGUUAUGGGCCGACCAAAUGGAAUCAGUGAUAGCGACAGAGAGCUUGUUGAUGUCGCAACACCAAGAGUGGACACGGCGAAAGGGAAACAAAGGAAACACAUUGAAGGUAUUACUGACUGCUCGGAAGAUUUGGAACGGACAGAAGGAGCCUCUUCAACCAGUCCCGGGGAUCAGGGAGUCGAAGAGGAGAUGACCGACAUCGAUGAGGAGGAAACCUCUGACCGUGAUGACGGGGAUCCUAUGGAAGAAAGUUCCUCGGGUGGCAAUACCCCGACUCAAACGACAGAAGCCAAAAGCCCUGUUACGCGGCAUAGAGGAAGCCCUUCAAGGAGCUGGAGACCAAGUGAACGAAACAUCGAAGGUGUCAGUGGCCCUAGCACCGCAAUUCCUAUAUCCCAGAAGUUCGGGAAAGCAGCAUCACUUCCGAUCCAGACUGCCCAGACAAUUAUCGAGGCAGUGCAGCGUGCCGUCAUGACUUUCGCUUAUCACGAGCUUGAACGCCAUCAGACUGCCGUCCCGUUGGACAUACCACGACCAUGGCUGACCGCCAGCCCAGAUACUAACUUGAGAAAAGUCCAGUACAGCUUACACCCAGUGACAGCUGAGGUAGAGCUGCACUUCCAAGACGACCCGGAAGUCCCCCGACGUACCUUUCCUUACAGAGGCCGAGGUCCUAUUAGCAUGACCCCCAGAGGAAGUGCGAUUGGCUGUGCUAUCAUCGCAGGCCGACUGCUAGAUGCUGGGUCCACCAACAUCGACCGCAAGCAGCAGAACUGGCAGAAUCGCCUCACAGCUACUGAGCGAGCCUUCAUUGAAGCUACCGAUGCUCCAUGUGAUUUCUUCGAUGAAGGACUGAGUCUUGAGCUAGUCGAACGCUUUUCUCGGAUGCUCCCAGCAGAUGUUCAUCUGGGCGUGGGGGCGACUAAUAUGAUGCGAACCGUCUGGAACAAGUCAACGCUCCACUUUGACCAGUUCGCAUUCUCAUACGAGGAGACCACCAAGCAGUGUAAGUGUGUAUCGUCUGAAGAUAGUAGAACCACUGUGGUUAAAAUGAACUCGACCACUCUGGCACCGCCUGUGGUCGCGACUGAUCGGCACGGCGUGGAUAUGAAGGAUGUGUUGUCCCGAGCAUUUGAUCAUCAGCGCCGGACAAUCUGCACCAAAUGCAAGAAACUUUCUGUUAGUUAUGAAAAACGGUUCCACAAGGUUGCCAUGCGCCUGGUGGUAGAACUCGGUCCUAAUGUGUCUGUACGGUCACAUACAGAAGAUAUGACCCUUGCAUAUCAGAAUGAGCACGGUCAUACGCAAAGCGUCACAUAUCGCUGGAUAGGAGGAAUAUACCAAGAAGAAGGCCACUUGCUCCUCUGGUGGACUGAUGCCGAACGUGGGGUGCGCGGCACAAGCCUGCGUUCAUAUAGUAGCUCUGUCCACAACGGAGCCAUAGUUGGGGGUAUACAUCAAAACAACAUCAGGGACAAAAUGUCCGAGAAAUUUUGGAGGAAUAAGCAGAUUCCCUUGCUUUUCUACGAGCGGGUUAUUAACCCGAGUAUUGGCGAGCUUCAAGUAGCUGUGAGUGCGGCUACCGACAUGCUUGACUCUGUCUCCCAGGGUAAGCUUCUCCUCCAGCAAAGUCCUGGUUGGGCCCCGCCCGAACGACCACCUCCGGAGCAGAACCCGUAUAGUUGGGUACCUGUCCUGCCUGAAUGCAUGAGACGAUUCAGGAAUGUCGAUCCGAAUCUUCAGAAUAUCCUAGCCCGAGGAAAGCCCCGGACGCAGCCCCAGCCCCAGGCGCAGGCUCAGGCUCAGGCUCAGGCGCGGUCUCAGGCGCAACGCCAAGAGCAGGCUGUUUCUAGCAGGCCAAGAAGAGCGCAAGCACGUCCUUACAGUCCGCCUCCUUCCUACCAGCAGUCGAUCAUGGCCAUGUCCCCGACACCGCAUAUGUCAGCAGAUAUGCCAUCCUCUGCGCACAUGUCAGCUUCCUCUUAUGGUGGAAUGCCACCGCCUCCAAUGCGCAGGCCCCAGUAUAUUGGCUCCAACUUGUCUACGCCCGUAAAUAUCCCUUCCACCAGUCCUGUUCAGCGAUACCACGAUCUCCAUAAUGCAAGAAUCUAUGGAGCUCCGGCAAUAUCUUCCUCUCCUGUAGCCUCUUCUCGACAAAGGGUCGAUUACAGUCCGGAGAGUCAGACCAAUCCAGGCCCUUAUGUUGCCUCGAGCCCGAUGCAGCUGACAAACCCCGAUAGUAACGCCUAUGGUGGAAUGGGACAAUCCUCCUCGCCGCCACAGCAAGCACAGCUACCACCAUACCAUCCGGAUUAUUGGGUGAAUAGACCCGGCCACCAUGGGCCUCGCUACUGA